GACUGCAACUUGAAGCUUUAUGCAAAUAUGUUGGAUUUAUACACAGAGAGCUUAUCAAACAACGCCACACGGAAGCCUUCACGGGCUGAGCUGUGCAGUCUGUGUGAGACAUGAAGGCUUGGUGGAGGAAGUAGCUCUCGCUGUCUUGUGACUCAUCCUAGAAACCACAGUGCAGACACGAACGGAGAAGAGACACCGCUCAAGACAGUGGCUCUCUUGGCUGCGUAGAAUUGCACCAUGCCAAACUACAAACUGAUUUAUUUUAAUAUGAGAGGGAGAGCAGAAAUUAUUCGUUAUAUAUUUGCUUAUUUGGACAUAAAGUAUGAAGAUCACAGAAUAGAACAAGCUGACUGGCCUAAAAUCAAACCAACUCUUCCAUUUGGCAAAAUCCCUGUUUUGGAGGUGGAAGGACUUAUACUUCAUCAAAGCCUCGCAAUAGCAAGAUAUUUGACCAAAAACACAGAUUUGGCCGGGAAGACAGAGCUGGAGCAGUGUCAAGUUGAUGCGGUGGUGGACACCCUGGAUGAUUUCAUGUCACUUUUCCCGUGGGCAGAGAAAAAUCAGGACGUAAAAGAGCGGCAUUUCAAGGAGCUGCUCACAUGUCAAGCACCUUGUCUUCUGAGAGACUUGGAUUCAUACUUAGGGAGCAAGGAGUGGUUUAUUGGAGAUGAUCAGGUGACCUGGGCAGACUUCUACUGGGAUGUCUGCAGCACCACACUUUUGGUCUUAAAGCCUGACUUGUUGGACAUCUACCCCAGGCUAGUGUCAUUACGGAACAAAGUCCGAGCUAUCCCUGCCAUUGCUGCCUGGAUACACAAGAGGCCACAGACCAAACUCUAGAAGAUACAGGCCCCAGCACCAGAUGAGAGAGCUCCAUCAGCCCGCUGGAUGAUCCACAUACUUCUACCACUAAGACUCUUUGUUUUCUGCUUGCUAUGUGUGAUUCUUUCAGUGUUGUGGUUUUGUCUUUAUUGCUGUAGGCAUUUGGUUUCCAGCAUUUUAUUUUUUCAGAACUUUACACUUUUUUAUAAUUGGAGAGAAACAGUUCACUAUACAUGCUGCUUUGUAUUGGAACCAAUAGGCACAAAUGCUUUAAAUACUAGUUUCCUGGCUAGCAUGUCAGUCACAACAUUUUAACUACGAGUAAUUAUAUGGAAUACAGACUUUGCAGCUAGCUCUUCAACCAACAAACUGUUAUACAAAAACCUUGUCACAGGCCAUCACUGUACACAUUAUUCAGAUAUACACCAAAUACACAAAAUAAUGUUGCUUCACAAAAGUACACAUCUGACAUUAACAAAACGUCUACUAAGAAGCAGGAACUUAUAAAGUACAGCCAAGGAAAAUGAUGUCAGAGCUUAAUGCAGCAGAGAGUUACAGAAAAUGUUGACUAUGAAUUUAGCACUUGCAAUUCAGGAGGCUGUAGACAAAGGCCUUGUCAGCUCACUAGCAAAAGGACUAUGACAUAGAAAGUUAGGUACCCCAGAGGUAAGCCUUCACACGGGGGGGGGGAGGGGGGAUGAUAAAAAAAAACAAACAGGUAUGUUCUUAUUUAACAUCUUUUCUUAAACACUUUCUCUGAUCUGGGGGGCAGAAGGAAAAAUCUGUUACUACAUGUUAUAUACAAGCACAAAAUGUAUUUCCUAAGGACCCUGCUCUUCUGGAUGGAAUUUUGUCAUUGGUGGCUGUUAAAAUAAAGAAUCUCAUUGCAUAAGUAGACAUCAUUUGACUGAAACAAUCUAUAGGAUUCUU